AGCGGGAAGCCUGCUUCUCUUUCUGCCUGCUGCUUCCCUGCUUGUGCCCUCUCUCUCUCUGACAAAUAAAUAAAAUCUAAAAAAAAAAAAAAAAAUGAAAGAUCUGGCAGAGGUUAGAAGAGUUGAGUUCUACGGGUUGUGACCAGGUUUAUGUGAGUUCAUUUUAUAAAUGUGAAUGUCAGGAUUCUUAAUAUUACCUGAAAAUAUGCAUCUUAUAUGAGAUAGAUAUUUAUAAGAUUGUUUGGGCAUCACUGGUAACCAGUUGUUCUCUAGAUCCAUGAGGAAAUGAUCUCGACUGGAACAGACCAUCACAGGAGCAAGACAAAUGGGAUCAAAGAAGGAACAAGGGGUGGGAGGCCAUAGGUCAGUGCCCUGCUCCCAUUCUGCUGCCUGCUACCUCUGUGGCCUGAGGCCAGUCACUUAACAUCUUAAGGUCUCAAGGUUACUGUAAAACAAGAGAAAUAAUUUUAGCUCUUCUUACUUGUUGGGGAAGUUGUUAGGGUCAUAGAAGGUCAUUUAGGUGAAAGUGAACGAAAAUGCAAAGCCAUCAAUAUAUUUAGGUCCCCAGGAAGCCUAAAUACCACCAUUGUAUGAAUUGGAAGAAAAGUCGCUUCCUCUGGGUGAAGUCAGCUCCAUGCCAGUUUGUACAGCUGGUUACACAGAGCACGGUUAGGUUUUGGUCUCUACGUGCCCCCAUGGCUCGCCACCCUUGAGCGGAGCAUAAACUGCAGGCAAAGGACACUGCGUGAUAUCCCAAGGAGACGUUCCCUAUCGAGAUGCUUGCCACAUCCCCCCAUAGCUAGGUCGCUUUGUGUUUGGUGGGUCCACCUACCCUGACACUAGGCUUUGCACACCAUUGAGCGCUCUGCAGUCCUAACAGAGGUCAGCGUUUCGACAUGGGGUCAUGGCCGAUAACAUGUCCCUCUCUGACAACGCCUCCCACCCCACUGUCCCUACCCUGGACUUCGGUGUAUCUGGUGGGCAUGUGUGUGACAAAAACCCUGGGGAAAAAAGCCAGCGGCUCGUUUGGGACCCACAGCAGAGUUGUUCCCUCUCCCUACUCUUGUUUUCAUGUCUCUCAUCCUAAGAAACUCCCCACAGCUUGGAGAGCAGCCAGCCCGAGGCGGAGCUGGUUUCAUAUCCUGCCAGUCAGCUGUCGCUGGGCAGAAGCUGCUGCCACUGCGGAGAGGGGGAAAAGCUCCCGCGUGCACAGUGGAGCGACACCACUGACCCUUGCUCAUUCUCGUGUAACCCCGCGGUUCCCACCCAUCUCACCAAAUCCAGGCUUUCACGGCAGAUACGUCGUCCGUCCCUUUCACCAUCCCGAAGUGUGAUUCACAGAUGCAAUAACACGUGUUCACGCCCAUACCCAGGCAAUUCGUCUUCGGAGUCCAAGCACCCAAACAUCGUUGCUCUGACAAUUCUCGCCUUUCACUCCUGCAUUAUUGGUUUUCUUCUCUGCUUAUUAUUAUCAAUCAACAAGCUGAAGUCUUCUCUUAAAAACAAACGAAACAAAGUAGAACGCCAACGUCCUCGUGACCCUUGUGCUCCUGCAGUCUCGUAGACAGCUGCUCAUACACUGAUGUCUCCCCAAUUUUAUCUCCAGCUCAGACUCGUCCACUGAACAGCCUCCUAUAUUCACUAUAUUUAACUACCAUCUAACAUCCCAAUUUGUCAUUUUAAUAGACACGUUGAAUUUAACACCAGCACAGGGCUGAAUAGGGUGGAAGAAGCCCGCAGUGUCUUUAUCGAGUGUAAAUAACCGUCUAGGUGAGGGUCUUGUGUGCAUGCGUGUGUUUCUCCACACUGUUCGGUAAAACAUGUAUAAUGAGCCUUGACACUUAAAGUAAGUUUUUAUUUUGCAAAAAUUAUUGGUUCAUAGGGACUUGCCGAGGUAAUACACAGAAGUCUGAUGUACCCUUCCCCCAUUAUCUCUCGUGAUGACAUCUUGCACAUUAGUGUGAUGUGUAAAAUCGACCUUAGCAUAAUGUAUGCGUGUGUGUAGUUCUGUGUCUUUUCAUUUUAUGUGUGGAUUCAUGCAAUCACCACCGUAAUCAAGAUACGGAACUGUCUCAUCACCACUAGGAUUUCCCUUGUGGGGGCGCCUGGCUGGCUCAGUCGGUAGAACAUGGGACUUUUGAUCUCAGGUCGUGGGUUUGAUCCCCCACAUUGGGCAUGGAGAUUACUUUAAAAAAAAACCUACAGAAGGCUCUCCCUUGUGGUUCCUCCUUAGACUCACACCUGUGUCCUUAUCCCCACCAUUCAAAGGCCCGGCAAACACUAUUCUCCGAAUUGCAUGGAUGUCAUCUAAAUGCGGUCAUACGGAACCAUGAAGCUGACCCUGGUACAGAUCUUCUUCAUGAUGUUGCUGCUCCUGCUGGGCCUGGGGCUGGGCCUGGGGCUGGGCCUUCAGAUGGCUGCAGCCAUCCUGGAGGACAGCGAUCAGUCCCUGAGUGAGCUCUGGUCCAGCGACUCAGACGACAAGACCAAGGCCACUAAAGGAGAGGGCAGCCGAACUGCAGAAACCUUGCUGCUUAGCAACAAAGGAGUGGUGCAACCAGGCUGGUCCGAAGACACCGUCCUCGGGGAAGACGAAGUUCGGGGAAGCAAGAUGCUCAGAGACGAGCCUCCCCUUCACAGCCACAAAGACUACCUUAGGUCUGACCUGAUGACCAGGGAGUGCAACACCCUGAUGGCCCAGAAGCUGAAGGAGCACAACCGCACGUGCAUAAGCCAGUACACGUUCAUCCACGAGGAUGUGGAUACGGUCAAGGCCGUCUGUAACAGUCCUGUCGUUGCCUGUGAGCUCAAGGGGGGCAAAUGCCACAAAAGCUCCCGUCCUUUCGAUUUGACACUCUGCAGGCUGUCCAAACCAGGCCAGGUCACUCCUCACUGCAAUUACCUCACAUUUAUUUUUGAAAGGCGUAUUAUUAUAUCCUGUCCUGACAUGAAGGUCCAGAUAAUGUCUGGACAAUGAAACGACUUAUCUUCUUCCUCUUCUCCCUUCUCUUCUUUCCCUUCCUUCCCGCUUCUUCUUUCUCAUACCGUUCUCCUCCUCCCAGGCGUUCUGCUUAAAAAGGUUCUGGGAAGAGAGGCUGGCCUACUCUGUAUCAUUCUCCCCUGAAAACACAACUGUUCUUUUGCCCUAGGUUUCCCCCGACUUGCAUUUUGCUGCUGGGGUUGGAGGUGGCAGAAUAAGGUAAUGAUCUGUAGUGUUUCUGGGACCUCCAUCUCUCCUGCCCGGGAGAGAGAUAAAUGAAGAACUGCUCUAGUCUCUGCGGUGACCCCGGUCAUCAGCCUGUUCCCCCGUCUCUUUGCGUUUGGGUGAGGACUGUGAGAGGUUAACGCAUCCUGGACCCACAUCCUUCCCUGCUGUUCAUGAGCCUCUAGGGCCAUCACAGGAGCCUCCUGGGCUUUCCGCAUGGCACCCCUGUGCUGCGGAUGCAAAUGAGUGACUCAAGCUGUGACUGCACCUGCUGAACCCCGUGGGCCAGGUUUCUCUUCUUGAGUCCCUCAGAAGAGAGGACUCGUCUUAGGGUCUGCUGGGAAAGUGCUGUGGAGGUGCAGACUAAGCUAGAACAUGGACAGCACUCUUUGGUUUGACCCUCCUCGACCCUUUUCUCUCUCCUCCCAUUUUUUACUACCUGCCUUUGUUUUGCUUCUUUUUCCAUCUCUGUUUGUUUUCUUUUGCAUCCCUUUCCUUUGAUUUCCUUUUCCUCUUCUUUUUGGGCUCUCCCUGUUUUUUCUCUGAAUCCCUUUAGAAAUUCAUUCGGCCACUUAAGUGUCAGACUCUAGAUUUCAGCUCGGGUUGUGAUCUCAGGGUAGUGGGAUCGAGCACCACGCCCCCAGCUCCGCCCUCAGUGGGGAGUCUCUUCUCUCCCUCUGCUCCCCCCGCCCCCGCUUGC